CGACGAUGAGCAGAGCAUUUCCGGCUUGUCUGUAACGAGGACUGGCGCUUUUAGAGACGAGAUGAGGCACCCGUUUCCGCCAUCUCACCGCGAAUGGCGUCGUGCUCGAAAUCUGGCUUUCCCACUCACGGGCACCUCUUCGUCAUUCGCGGCGUGCUCCGCUUGCAGUCCUUUUGGAUCUGACGGCCUCACCACCAGCCAUGACUUUCGAGGAUGUUACGCUCAAUGAUGGGUACAAGAUGCCCGCCAUAGCCUACGGGACAGGCUCCAAGUGGAAGGGAAAGAGCGUCGUCGAGUACGUGCAGACCGCGAUCGACGUGGGCUUCAGCCACCUUGACACGGCGCAAUUCUACCAGACGGAAGAGGACGUGGGGCAAGCUAUUCGCGAGUCUGGUCUAGCGCGGGACGAGUUCUUCGUCACGACGAAGUACUCCGGGGGUGUGCCGGUUCAGGUCGCGUUCAAGGCCAGCUUGCAAAAGCUCGGAUUGAAGCACGUCGACCUAUACCUCAUUCACAACCCGCGCAUCAUUGGUGACAAGCUCCUACCCCGCGUAUGGCAGCAGCUCGAGAAAUUCAGAUGGGAUGGGACGGCAAGAUCCAUCGGCGUCAGCAACUUCGAGGUCGAGCACUUCAAGACCAUCUUCUCCGUCGCACGAAUCAUCCCCGCCGUCAACCAGAUCCACCUCCACCCCUACAACUACGCCGAGUCGAAGCCUGUGCUCGACUUUUGCGCGCAGCACAAGAUUGUCGUGGAGGCGUAUAGCAGUCUCGACCCCAUAACCAAGUACCCGGGCGGCCCCGUCGACGCGCCGCUCGCAGCCGCAGCCGCAAAGCGCAAUGCGACGCCGGUGCAAGCUCUCUUCCUCUGGGUCCGCGCGAAGGGCGUCGUCAUCGUCACGACGAGCUCGACUCGUAGCCAUAUGGAAGAGUAUCUGGCUAUCAGCGAGUUGGAACCCCUCACCGCAGAAGAAGUCGCCGCCAUCGACGAGGCUGGUGGCAAGGGGCCGCCCGCCCUCACCUGGAGCAAGCGCGUUCGGGCACAGUUCACGAUGCGGAAUGCUAUUGCUGCUGUUGUGUUGGUGCUCAUGUUCCUGCAGCUGUUCUUCAGGAUGUCCUUCUUGCAAGUCCUGUAGACCGAUAGUUCAUGCCCUGUGCACCCUAACUGACUGACAUGGGCUUUUAUAACGAAAUACACUUUGGACUUGGACUUUUGUAUGUAUGCCCCUCAGGUCCCUUUGCUUUGUUUCU